CAUACUACAGUAUGCUGCGCUUUGGCCUGUGCUUAGGAGACGGGCACGACGCGACUCCUGGGUCUGUCGUUUCGCGAUGAUCUCGUGCCACAAGUGUUCGUGGCGUUGUCGCGCGAGGAUCUUCCGGAUUUCAAAGUAGCGACAAUUUAUGGGAAACGAAUUUAUGAUCGCUUCGAGUCUAUUAUUCGAAUAAUUCAUCAGUUUUGUUUCUGGGUGGAAGUACAAGGAAAAACGGUCUAAACAGUUUUACGACUAUUUUUUGAAUUCAUCAAUUACAGGUGGUUUAAUUUGACAUGUACAUAACUUCUUGAAGAAUUCGGGAAUCUUCGAAGAUCACGAAAACCGGUUCCUCACUGACAGCUCAGGUUGUCCUUGAGGCAACUUUUCGAUCCAAGAGAAAGUAGAUAAAGGAGUGGAAGUAGAAAAAGAACAAGUUGAAGCCACUAGAAGGACGCAAUAAAAGGGCCAGUUGUGAAAAGCGUUAACAGAGUAGCUAAAAAAGAAAAGAGGAAGUUGAAGAGGAAGCAGAGUAUUCGCCACCAGCAGGGAAGCGAUCCCGUUUCUCGGCGCAGUAUCGUUAUUAGUAUCUAUAGAGAAUACCGCACAAACAAUAGCGGCUCUCGGUAGUAGGUGCAUAGCGCGAGAAUUUAUUAUUGGCCUGCACGGCAGGAAGGGAUCGUAGGGGAGAUCGCAGUAUCGCUAUACCUAAUCGUACCACCCAAGGUGGCAUAGAUUGGAAGCCCCAUCAACAUACAUCCUCUGUCAAGCCAGGAGUACAGCAGAGGAGCGUUUGCCGACUGCUGGCCCAUUUUGUUGGGGCUGCUUUGCCAUCAUUCAUCUGCAUUAGGCGCGCUACAGAGUUCUUCCGCUCUACCGGAAGUGUCCAUGUGAACGACCAUUGCUUGGUACUUGUGCAAUAACAUUAACCGGCAGCUACCAACUGAAAUUGAAAAUGGAAGUAGCAUCUGAAAUGUCUCCUUUGUCAAAUGCGGACAAGCAGGGUCGCUUGGUCGAGCGCACGUCUUACUAUCCUCAGCAGCCAAAUAAGAAAUCCCGGAAUCGUCGUCAGAGAGUUCAAAAAUGCCUGCAGCACAAUGUUCUGACGAUGUUGACGAUAGGAGGUGUCGUAGGAGGCAUCGUGUUGGGUUUGAUACUGAGAAACGUUAGGGAGGAAAGUUGGCGACCGCGUGAAAUAAUGUAUGUUAAUUACGUUGGUGAGCUCUUUUUAAGGAUGCUGAAGAGUCUUAUCUUACCGUUGAUUAUGGCCAGUCUCAUCUCGGCCAUUGGUUCUCUUGAUCUUUCAUUGAGUGGCAAGAUCGGUGCUCGUGCCAUUACGUAUUACAUGGUUACUACUAUCAGUGCCGUUAUAUUAGGAAUUAUUCUGGUGAUAUCGAUACGUCCUGGAUAUUCGAGCGAAGCUGAACAAGAGGCAAAACCUUCCACUGUACGAAAUGUAACGACCAUAGACACACUUAUGGAUCUGAUUAGAAAUAUGUUUCCACCAAAUUUGGUACAGGCAUGCAUUACACAGUACCGUACAAUAUUGAAGCCCCCAAACGAUACAAUCAAUCUUCAUAUACUCGAAUGGGACAUAAGUCACGAGUAUACCAGCGGUACUAAUAUUCUUGGCCUGGUGGUAUUUUCAACGGUGUUGGGAAUAACUCUUGGAAAAAUGGGACCUGACGGUAAACCACUGUUAGCAUUUUUUGCAGCACUUUCCUCGGCAAUGAUGAUAAUUACCAAUUGGGUAAUCUGGUUCUCACCCUUGGGAGUGCUCUUCCUUGUAUCAUCAAAGAUUCUGGAAAUGGAAUCGUUCAAUGUGAUAAUUGGUCAACUGGGCAUGUACUUUAUGACAGUACUACUUGGUUUGUGCAUUCACGGUUUCGUAGUGCUACCACUGAUUUUCUUUUUACUGACAAAGAGGAAUCCAGUGACAUAUGUCUCAAACAUGGCGCAAGCACUAGCGACAGCUUUUGGAACGAGUUCAAGCUCAGCCACAUUACCAGUUGCAAUUGGUUGUCUUGAGGAAAGAAAUGGAAUCGAUCCACGUGUCUCUAGAUUCGUAAUGCCUAUAGGUGCUACCAUUAAUAUGGACGGUACAGCCCUAUACGAAGCUGUGGCUGCCAUUUUCAUCGCUCAAGUUCGCAACGUCAACCUCUCUUUUGGACAGUUGGUUGCCGUUAGUAUAACUGCGACAGCUGCUAGUAUCGGUGCAGCUGGAAUUCCACAAGCUGGAUUAGUCACAAUGGUUAUGGUCCUGGAUACAGUUGGUCUUCCAGCAAAAGAUGUCACGCUUAUUAUCGCAGUCGACUGGCUACUGGAUCGUUUCCGGACCACAAUAAACGUAAUGGGAGAUUCUCUGGGUGCUGGUAUCGUUAAUUAUCUCAGCCGGAAUGAGCUGAACUCAUUUCCGCAAGGGCCUCAAGUGCAAAAGGAGACCGACCACCACACAACGUCUAUAUGAACAUCCGUAGGAUAGAGUAUCGAUAUUAAAGACCCCAUGCACGUGACAACGCAAGCAUGUAUCAUAGACUAGUCAUAUACAUAUGGGCCUGUCGAACAAUAAAUUGAUCCGACAAGGUUCAAAGGUUGUUGAGUUUGUUCCACAAUUUAUGAUAGAGUCUGCACGCUGUCACGUUAGCAUGAUUUCUCGUUCAAUCGUUUUACGCAGUUCGCGUUCAGUCAAUUCAACAGAAUGGCUUAUGAAUUAUUAUUUAAAUAAUAUAUUGAUCAUCGGUGAAGAGCAGAAUGAUAACAGACCUAUUGAUAACACUGCAUAUACUAAAUAUAACAUUAAGGGUAACAAAAAUAUGAUAUUCAUAAAAUUGUCCAUAUAGUGUACCCAAAAUUGGCCUAUGAAGUGUUCUUGUGUACUAUAAGUACCUAGGUAUAAUUUUCAUUUUAAUCAAUUUCGUUGUAUCAUCCAAUUAAUUAAAAUACCUAGUGAGACCGUGGGUCGAUGCGGUAUUUGCGAAUAAAAUUCUUUGAAAAGUUAUAUACUCAGAAUAGGACUUAUAGGAAUAACAAAGAUAAGUGAACAAGAAAUAUAAUAUGUAAAUAGAAACAUAAUCAAAUGUGAAUUCUCUUGAUAGCUCAUAACUUUAUUCUCUUUGGGUAAUCAUUUGUGUGACUAUAGCAAUGUAGUAGAACAAUGGAAUGGCUAGAAUGAAGAUUAGUCGUUAUUUCUAAUCUAAGACGAAAGUUGAUACACUUUAUGAUUGUUUACUGGAUUUUGCACUCUUUUAUUAUCAAUAUCCGUUAAGGAAAUGGCGAUAUUAUAAGUCGACCUACGAGGAUCUGAAUUAUUUAAGCUAAUAUAAUUAUCGCCCUUACUCUGCUACCUUUCGUGAAGUACAAAUUUAUUUUAACAAUCUUAUUCGACACGAGCCUCGUUUUAAAAAUAUAAUAACCUGAUCAUCGCACCUGAAAUCAUCUGUAUACACGAUAUAAGUACAUAUUGCAUAAUAUUUACCAUAUAACGUUAUAAUAUGUCUAUUGCAUAAAACAGGUGAAGGAAUGUUAUCUUCCUCACAUAUAUAUUUAUAUAUAUAUGUAUAUGUAUGUAUAUCAAAGUCAAAUAUCACAUAAAAUAAUCGUUAAAGAAUAA